AUGUCUACUCGAGAUAAAACUUCCAAAGAUGGCGCUUCUGAACCCAAAAUUGACGAGCUUCUAGAGAAAUUGAAAAACGUCGAUCUCGAUGAUGACCUCGAGGAUGAUGCCCCAGAUAUGCUUCCAGAACAAGAUAUAGAAGCCGGGGAGUGGAAUGAGACAACGGUAGACGUGUCGGAAUCGCAGUAUAAGGUGAUCAAGCACCCAUUGAAUAUGGAUGAAAUAGUCACUGUGAAAGCUGGGCCAGGGUCAGGUAAAACAUUCACGUUAAUGGCCAGAAUUGCUCGUUUGAUAGGAGAAGGAGAAGUUCAGCCACACGAGAUCUUAGUGCUAUCAAUGGCAAACCGCUCGGUCAAUGCGUUGCAAAAUAGUCUAGAGAGACUUGUGGGAUGCGAGGUGGCCUCCCAAGUGGAAAUUUCCACAUUCCACUCGUUCUGUGGCUCUGUGGUGGACCAAUACGCUCUAAUGCUCGACCCAGGGAUGUUGAAAAGAAGACUUCUAGAUCAGGAGAGUUGGAGACGGCUCGCUGAGUUCUUCCUUCAAAAGACCGUUAGAUUGAAUGGGCACUCUGUGGGUGCAACAUUUUCCCCUGCUAGGUUCGAUAAGCUCCUUAUAGAGAUUGCCAAUGGGAACCUAACGACAUCACAGGCAUCACAGCUCUACGGGGUGCUGGCAGAGUACUUGGAUGAGGUCUUCAAAUAUAUGAAGACUCACGGAAUGAUGCGAUACCAGGAUCUAGUGAUGCUAGCCUUGAAGGUGAUGGACCAGUCGCUAGAAGGACCUAAAGAGGAACUUUUGCAUCGUAUAGCCUCUUUCAAGAUGGUUGUUGUAGACGAGUUUCAGGACAUGUAUCCAUUGCUACUAUCAGUUGUGAGAGCUGUGGUGGAGUAUCCCACACUAGGAUACGAGAAGCGGGUUAGAAAGAAUACGGUUAUCGCUGGCGAUCAAAACCAAGGUAUUUACGAGUUCUUGGGCUCGAGCCCCCAGUCUAUGGAGCAGCUUCAUAAGAUGCUUCCUCAAAUGAAAGUCACUAGUUUGCCUUUAAACGAAUCACAUCGAUGUACGCAAGAUAUCUUGGAUACCGCUGUGUCAAUGUGCUUGGGUGAAACGGAUUAUAAUGGUCCUGAUCAUAUACUAUCGAUGAAGCCUAUCACAAGAACAUGGAAGCCUAUACUUCUUACAAACUUCAAGGGGGAUGAGCAUUCCAUGGUUGCCGAGGAGAUCAUCAGGCUCAUAUGCUCGCUGGGGGGUUUGAUUAAUCCUCGUGAUAUCGCUAUACUUUCAAGGACAAAUGAUGAGGCUGUUAAAAUGCAAAACUUACUUCGAAAUAAUUAUGGUCUUGAAUGCACUAAAAUCUCACUGGGAAAUAUAUGGGUUCAUUCUAGAGCCCGUUUAUUUCGUGACAUCUUGAGUAUCAUAUCAGGCGACGCUGAUGCCAGCUUCUGUCUUCUUCAUAUUCUCAAGAUACUAGAUACUUGCCCAGGUGCGAGUCAAAGGGCAUCUAAGGUCUUCAGUCGAGCAAUUGAAGAAGGUUUGGCACGCGAGCACACAUUCUUGGAAGACUACGUGUACGAAAGCCUUUCAUCCGAGGCAAAUCUUCAUGCUUUAUUUAAAAAGCAUCAGUCAUCCUUGGCCAAUAUUGCUGCAUUCAUGAACCAGGUGCAACAUGAAAGAGCGAUAUUCAACAAGCUAGAAGAAGAGGGAACGACAAGCUAUCUUCCGAUAGCUGUGGCAGAAUGCCUACAAAGGAUGUGCGCUUUGAGUGGAAUUCGUGAGUAUAUGAAUAUGAAUGGGCCAGAUAUUUUACCUUAUCGUGAUAUCCUCCUCUCAUUCAAUGAAUCUUUGCACUACUGUUUCGAAAAUUACGUUGCCCAUAAUGAAUUCAAAGAGCGGACUUUUUUGGACUACUUUUUGCAAAAUUACGAUCAAGAAGUGCCUCCCAAACACCAGUCGCUGGUCCAAGUGCUGACGAUUCAUUCAGCUAAGGGCCUCGAAUUUCCCGUAGUGUUCAUUCUUGGAGGAUUCAACAACACUUGGCACACCAUUCUUCUGGGUGAAAACCAAGUGCCAUCCAGUUACUCAAGGCUUUUAUAUGUUGCUUGCACAAGAGCAAAAGAUCUCCUUUACAUCAGCAGUCAAACCAGGCCGGGAGAUUUGUCGAAGAAUUGCAGAAAUUGGUUCACCACAGAGGUGCCCGAUUUAUCAUCAGAUGCAAGCGACGACUGUAACAGCAUUGGAGCCCGGAGCUUUCCCAAGUUGCUCGAUUCGAAGCCGCAAGGCUCGUUGUUAUCACGUCUACUGAGUGAUCUCCAACGGCCACAGCCAAGCAGCCAAAAAUUACAAAGAGGAAAGGAGUACUACGACAUUUUCCUUCAGAAAAGGUACUAUCAUUCCCGGAUUCCAAACUUUCAGUUACGCAUGAGUUACCUUUCCUCGAAAACUCGUCGAGUUUUUCACCGACUCAGACCUUGA